AAGAAACGCUCUGAUUGGAUCUGAUCCUUUUACAGGACAAGUCGCUCCUCCCUCACAGAGGACAGGUCAAAGAUGGCGUCGAUUAGGUGUUUUCUUCGCUCCGGGAAGAGUGCCGUCUCGGUGGUCCUGCGUAGAGAGUUCAGCAAGACCUCUCCAGCGGCUGUGCAGGUGAAUGUCCGAGAUGCCCUCAACCAGGCGAUGGACGAGGAACUGGAGAGGGAUGAGAGAGUCUUCCUUCUGGGUGAGGAGGUGGCCCAGUAUGAUGGAGCCUACAAGGUGAGCAGGGGACUGUGGAAGAAAUACGGAGACAAACGAAUCAUCGACACGCCAAUCACAGAGAUGGGCUUUGCAGGCAUUGCCGUUGGUGCGGCAUUCGCCGGGCUGAGGCCAAUCUGUGAGUUCAUGACCUGGAACUUUUCCAUGCAAGCCAUCGACCAGGUGAUCAACUCAGCUGCUAAGACCUACUACAUGUCAGCCGGAGCCCAGCCUGUCCCCAUUGUGUUCCGUGGUCCCAACGGCUCCUCUGCAGGUGUGGCAGCCCAACACUCCCAGUGUUUCGCUGCCUGGUACGGCCACUGCCCCGGCCUCAAAGUAAUCAGUCCCUGGAGCGCUGAGGACGCCAGAGGACUCCUCAAAGCAGCUAUCAGGGACAACAACCCUGUGGUGUUCCUGGAGAAUGAGCUGAUGUAUGGUGUGCCCUUUGACCUGUCUGAGGAGGUUAUGCAUAAAGACUUUGUCUUACCUAUUGGAAAGGCCAAGGUCGAAAGACAAGGAACCCACAUCACUCUCGUGUCACAUUCCCGGUGUGUGGGUUUCUGCCUGGACGCAGCCGCCGUCCUGGCUAAAGAGGGGGUUGAAUGUGAGGUGGUUAACCUGCGCACCAUAAGACCUCUGGAUGUGGACACCAUUGAGGCCAGCGUGAUCAAGACCGGCCAUCUGGUCACAGUGGAAGGGGGCUGGCCCCAGUAUGGAGUAGGCGCUGAGAUCUGUGCCAGGAUCAUGGAGGGCCCAGCCUUCAACUACCUGGAUGCCCCUGCAGUCCGCGUGACCGGUGUAGACAUCCCCAUGCCCUACGCUAAGAUCCUGGAGGACCACAGUGUACCUCAGAUCAAAGACAUCAUCUUCUCAGUCAAGAAGGUCUUGAAUAUGUAAACAUACCAAUAUGUAAACAUACCAAUGUCUCCCUCACUCUCACACCAUCUGUCUGUCUCUCCCGCCGUGUCUGUCCCUCUGUCUGUCCCUCUGUCUGUCCCUCUGUCUG